CUCAACGAAAACUUCGGGUCUACGAGUCAAUGGCCAAUAAAAGACGCAAGGCCCGCGACCCUCUCACCGGUCUCUAGUCUCUCCACGCGCAAGGAAGAAGAGGGUGGGCUAGGGCGAUCCGGGGGGCGCGACCAUGGCUUACGUCGAGAGAGGUGUUGUGAAAGACAAACGGACAAUUUGGCGGCUAAGCAUAAUUUCUGACUUCUUCAGGGCUAUUGUGAACUUCAUCAGAAUGUUCUUCCUUACAAUGUUCUCGAUUGAAAAAACAGACAGCUAUAGGAAAGGGUAUGGCUCUGGUAAGAAAUGGGAUGGUGGGCCUGGUGGGGGAGGUCCUGGUGGUGGCCCUUAUGGGGGCGGCCGCGGCGGUGGAGGCGGCCUCCGAGGUCCUCGCACACUAUCUGACAUCCGAUCUAACGAUCAGAAUUCUCUCCCUGCUUGUGGAUCCUGCUGCGGUUAACCUGUACAUCUGUCAUUGUGACUGCUGAACUAUGAACGACUCUAAGAUCCUUUUGAUGUCAUUUUUUAGGAGCAAGUCUGAAUUCUGAAAAUUUUAGAACGUAUAUAAUCUUCGCUGGUUAAGCAGGAUAUAAGAACACUUGUUACAUGUUACAUCUUCUGCUUAGAAAGAUCAUCUAUGCAUUGUGACAUUGUCAAAACACGAGUGUAAUACCCAGCACAUAUUAUGCAACUUGUUUCUGACGUGAUCUCCACGUUGCCUUCAUCUGUUCACUUGUAAUUGUGAGUUUAUGCAUGUUUUUAGUCA